AUGUUCAAGGACGACGCCUUCCAGGUGCGCAGUACCGUGGACAAGCGCGGCCGCAAGGUGAAGGGCAGCAAGAAGAAUGAGGACAUGAGGAGGUACUACCGGCUGCAGGGUGAGGAGCAGCAGCGGCGGGCGCGCGACAAAGAGCGGGCAGCCGGCGGCGAGGGUGGUGAUGAGCAGGUGGCAGCCGCUGUGGCAGACCAGAGGCAGCAGCACUCAGGCCGGCAGUCGCAGAAGCAGCAGGAGCGGAAGCAGCAGGGCAAGCAAGCUGCUGGCAGUCAGGCCAAGCUUCGAAGGCAGGUUGCUCCAGGCAAUGACGCUGAAGCCAGUAGCAGCGAGGAGGAGAUGGAGGACGGUGAGGCGCAAAAGGCUGCAUUGCAGACAGCGGGGGCAGAGGCAGCGGGCAGGAGCAGCGGCUCCGAGUCAGAGCCUGCGAGCGAUGCGGAGUUGGCCGAUGAGGAGCAGGCAGCCCAGGAGCGGUGGGCGCGCAUGAGGGGUCUGGCGGGCCCGGAGGCCAGCAGCGAUGAGGAGGAGGAGUUGGCGGAGAGCAGCAGCGAAUUCAGCGAUGAAGAGGAGGAUGGCGAGCAGGCAGACGGCUUCCAAGGGCGCCAGCAGCUGCCUGCUGGGAUGGAUGUUGAUGAAGGGGAGGAGCCGCUAAAUGAGGCGGAUCUGGAGGAGUGGGGCGUGGGAGCGCUGGCUGCCAACCCUGAGGAGCCGAUCCUGAUGCAGCCAGAUGCCACCCCACGCCUGGCGGCCGUGGAUCUAGACUGGGAGCACGUUCGGGCGGUGGACAUCCUGGCAGUGCUGCGCUCGUUUGUGCCGCAGGGCGGCGCCAUCCGGCGAGUGGUGGUGCAUCCAUCAGACUAUGGGCUGGAGCGCAUGGCCCAGGAGGCGGUGAUGGGGCCUCAGGGCAUCUUCAAGCCUGUGGGAGACAGCCAGAAGCGCCGGCAGGUGGUGGGGGUUGAGGAUGACGGCGAGAGCGAGGGAGGGGCAGGUCCCUCGAGCUCCGAGUCAGAUGAGGGUGGCCAGGUGGACCAGCGGCGGCUGCGCCUGUACGAGCGGUCCAAGCUGCGCUACUACUACGCAAUCAUCACCUGCGACUCGGCGGCCACUGCUAACCGGCUGUAUGAGGAGUGCGAUGGAAUGGAGCUGAUGAAGACUGCCUGCAAGUUUGACCUGCGGUUUGUGCCGGAGGAGCAGUCGUUUGAGGGGCGCCAGGUCCGGGACGAGGCCACCGAUGUGCCGACAGACUAUGCGCCGCCCACUUUCCAGGCGCGCGCUCUGCAGCACACCAAUGUGCAGCUGACAUGGGACACUGGCGACGAUGGGCGCAAGCGUGCGCUCACGCGGCGGGUGACAGCAGAGGAGUUGAAAGAAGACGAUUUUAAGGCCUACCUGGCCACUGACAGUGAGGCAGAGGAUGGGGAGCACGGCGGCAUCGAGGGGGAGGCGGAUGAGGAGGACGAGGAAGCGAUUCGAGAGCGAUACCGCCGCCUGCUGCUGGGCGGCGGGGUGGAUGCAGCACAGGAACGGCAGGGGAAGAGGGACUGGGGUGGUGGCAGUGGGGAUGACGAGGGCAGCGAGGGCAGCAGUGGCAGCGACAGCGAGGGCCAGGAUGCAGGCAGGACGCGCAUCAACGAUGACAAGGGCAUGGAGAUGGAGGUGACCUUCCUGCCUGGCCUGGAGAACCUGGGGAAGCGCGUGCUGGCACGAAAGCAGGAGGAGGAGGCGCGCAAGGGGGAGACGGUGUGGGAUGCCUACAUGCGGCGCAGGAGGGAGAAGCGGGCGGAGGCGAAGCGCAAGGGGCGGCGGCUGGGGUCUGACGAGUCGGACAGCGACUACGAUGAUGCGGCGGGGCGGGGCUCGGGGUCGGGGUCUGAGGAGGAGGCGGACGCUAGCGCCGAGGGCGACCCCUUCUUCCAGCCAAAGGAUGAUCCCUUUGAUGAUCCAUUCUUCCAGGACGGCCCGGAUGCUGAUGCUGCCCAGGCGGCGGAGCUGGCUGCCGCCGGCAAGCGAGGCAAGCGGCAGGAGCAGCAGCAGCACCAGGAAAGGAAGGGGAAGAAGGGCAAGGGCAAGGGCAAGCAGGGUGAGGAGGAUGGCGACCACAGCAAGUGGGCUGAGCUGGAGAUGCUGCUGAUGGAUGACGCGUCCCUGCUGGCACCGGCGCGAGGCGGCGGCAUGCUGGCGCCUGCUGGCAAGCAGCAGAAUGAGCAGACGGCCGCGGCAGGCAGCGGCAAGCUCAGCAAGAAGGAGCGCAUGCGGCUGAAGAAGGAGGCGAGGCGGCGGGAGCGGCAGGAGGGGUCAGAUGAUGAGGACGCGGCCGCAGGAGGCGGCGGUGCCUUCCGCGGCGUGGACCUGGCCGACCCGCGCUUUGCCGACCUGCUCACCUCCCACCACUUUGCGCUCGACCCAACAGACCCCCGCUUUAAAGACACUUCUGCCGGCGUGGCAACCGCGGUGGCAAAGCGGCGCAGUCAGGCAUCGACCGCCAGUGGCAGCAAGCAGCAGAAGCACGGGCAGCAGCAGGCGGCUGCCGAGCCAGCAGCCGGCCAACUUAAUGGCAGCAGCGUGACGGGCAAGGCUGACCUCAAGUUUCUGGUGGCUUCCCUCAAGCGCAAGACAGCACCCAUCCAGGGCGGGGGCAGCAAGCCGGCGGCGGCAGCUUCCAGCAAGCCCAAGAAGAAGAAGAAGAAGGUUUGA